AUGAAUAGACUUCGUCGCAUCGAUAACCAACGACUUCUGUGUGCAAGGUCACUCAGGUCAUGGCGUGAUUCGGCUCGACGUCCUGAUGACGUGCUGCCCAUCGUUGAUUUUGAGAGGCUAGUCAACCAUAUCAAUUUAGAAAAGGUUUUCCUUGAAUGGCUGCAAAAUCUUCCGAACGCAAAGUACGCAAGGUCUGGGCGUAAAGUACUGCUAUCACUAGGAUCGUUAGUCGCAGUUACGGGUGGUGUAAUAGGUUAUGCCUUCGUGGAUCCGGGCUUCAGGCUUCAAAUAGAGAACACUGCUCCUUUUACGAAACCAGCUUUUGAUGCCAUUUUGGGCUCGUCAAGUCUUUCGAAGACUAAGCAACAGCUGACGGAUAUAAAGGAGCAGGUAAUGAGCGCAAUCCCGAAAAGGAAGUCUGAGGAAGUUCUUCCACCUCUAGCAAGGAUUCCUUUACCUGAACCAGAAAAAAAGGCUGCAAUUCACGUGGACCCCGUCAACGUUAAAGCACCUCAAGAAACAGGUUCUGUUAAACAGAACACUGAAGUUGUUUUGCAAAAAGGAAAGGAAUUAGAGUCAGCUUUACUCACUGCUAUUCAAUCGGCUGAAGGACGAGUGCGCACUGCAACCGAAGCUAAAGUGAAAACUAUAGCAGCCAUAAAUGAUCACUCUCAGCUGGUCAAAAGUACCGUAGAUGAGCCACAGACGGCCGACUGGGAAAAGGUAACGUCUGCUCUACAACAUGCGGAGUCGCUUGCCCAUAAGGACAGACUUGCUGAAGUAGAAGGAAGACUUUAUAUAGACAAACUUAGGAAGGUUAUCAUUAAAGGCAAAAGUGACCCAUUGACUUCCAAGAGUCCUUUGCUUCUCAAUGCAACGGAAACAGCGAAUAAGCUAUCCCAUGAACUUGACGAACUCGAUGGGCUAGUUUCGAAGGCUCGUCAGGAAUCGGCGAUUCUGAAUCAGUACAAAGAUCUCAUUGAACGUAGUCGCAAUCAGUUUGUACUAGAGAUGAGAAGCAUCGUUCCAAAUGUGGAUAUUAACGCGAAGGUAGUUUUUAUGCAAUUAUAA